CUGCUGCCUCGGCUCCAGCGAAUAAUCCUGGCGAUGGUGUUGACAACGAGAGGUGACCGACGGCCGAUUUUACACAUUUAAAAUAGAUGACUCGGCAGACAGAAAUUAUUUUUGCACGACUCGAUAUAAUUUCCUCGCAACCCUAUCGUUUGUGGAGGAAGACGCCGUAGCCGGGCCGAGUAAAACGUUAACGACACUGAUGGGAUUCCCAGCAGUUGCUAGAUGGAGAAAACGAGAGGGUGGACUCGUCAUAAAUAAUUAAAAUAUCCAUCUGCUGCUAAAAUAUAAGGAAAAUGCAUCUACACCAGGUGCUGACGGGAGCUGUGAACCCCGGGGACUGCUGCUACUCGGUGGGAAGCGUCAGUGACAUCCCAUUCACGGCCUAUGGCUCAGGCUGUGACAUAGUGAUCCUGGCCAGCGACUUUGAGUGUGUGCAAAUUAUCCCAGGAGCUCAAAAUGGAAACAUACAGGUGGGCUGCGUUGAGUGCUCCCACCAGCUUGGCAGGAUUGCUGCAUCCUACGGAAACACAGUCUGCAUCUUUGAACCGAUUGCUACCAACCCAAACAAACGCCACAAGCAGCUUAACUAUCAGUGGCAAAAGACAGGACAGUUCUUCCUUGAUGCCAUCACCUACAACCUGGCCUGGGACCCACAAGGGAACCGUAUCCUAGCAGCAACCGAACGCCUCCAGCUGUGGGCUCCUCCGGUGACAGACUCCCUGAUAGAGGAGGAGGAGGGACAGACCACAGAUGACAAGCCCCACCCCGUCCUCAAUGACUGGAAAUGUGUCUGGCAGUGCAAGACGGCUGCAUCUGUUCACAUUGCCAAGUGGUCUCCUGAUGGCGAGUAUUUUGCAACUGUUGGGAAGGAUGACUGCUUACUCAAAGUGUGGUAUCCCACAACGGGCUGGCGCUCUGCAGUGGUGGUGCAGGACCCCUCUGAUAAGAAGCCCCCUCCUGUUCACUUCUCCUUUGUUUACCUGGCUCACCCUCGUUCUGUCACUGGCAUGUCCUGGAGGAAGACUAGCAAGUUCAUGCCCAAGGGUUCGGUUUGUAAUGUGCUGCUGACAUCCUGUGAGGACGGUGUGUGUCGGCUGUGGUCAGAGACCCUUCUGCCAGAGGACAGCUUGCUUGGGGGACAGAUAUCUGAGAACUCACAAUCCUUCAGCUCCAGCCUGCCUGGCCUGGCAGGCAAUAAGGACAAGAUUCAACAUGCUCUGGAGUCAAUCCACCACCUGAAGCAUCUGCGCCGAGGGCGGCGACGGUCCUCUGCUCUGGUGGCUCACACUGAGCUGUUGCCCUCUCAGCUGGGCACACAGGACACACACACACACCGCCACAUCGCACACCAUGCCAAUGCCCUGUGUCACUUCCACAUCUCAGCCAGUAUUAACCCAAACACAGAUAUCCCAUCAGUGCUGGCUGACUCUGCAGUGUUCAGCCCAGAGGAUGGGACAGGUGGUGGAGGCUUUGUGGUCCACUGGCUCAACAAUAAGGACCUCAGCUUCACUUCCUCCAUGGAUCUCUUCAUGCUUCAGCUCCGUAAACUGUCAGAACAGCAGCUGGACCAGACUACUGAGGACCCCCUGGACACAGAGAGCUCCCCCAUGAAGUUUGACUUUGACCUGGAUGAGAUGUCUGACAAGGCCUCCUCGGAGCACGGUGAGGAGGGCGAACCAGGGGAGCAGGGGAGCACCAAGGCCUCUUCCCCUGGAUCCAGCUCCAGCAUGCCCCUGCCCUCCAUGCUGCUGGAGAGGAAGAUGGAGACAUUGACCAUAGAGUGGAACAAGAGCCCCGACAUGCUGUUCACCAUCCACCCUUCUGACGGCUCUUUCCUGGUUUGGCAUGUCAAGUACUUGGACGAGUAUAUCCAGGGCAUCUUCAGACAGGUUCAGGUGUCCUUCUCCUCUCGUAUUCCAGUAGCGUUUCCUACAGGCGAUGCCAACUCACUGAGUAAAAACAUUCUGAUGUACGCCUGCACUUUGACUGAAGGGGAGAGUCCCGGGGCCGGGGAGCAGGGGAGGGGGGCCCACCGUGUUGCCCAUUCUGCCUCAGCCUCUGCUGGUCUGGGUUCGCCUGCCCUGGGACCCUCUCUCACCCCCUACCCUGGCAUCGGUCCUGCCGUCAUGAUGGUCUCCAAGCAUGUUGAUGGAUCUCUUAACCAGUGGGCAGUGACUUUCGCUGAGCGCUCUGCCUUCUCCAACGUACUGACCGUGUCUCACAAGUUCCGGUACUGUGGCCACCGCUUCCAUCUGAACGACCAAGCCUGCCACACAGUGCUGCCGCUGCUGCUCACAUCCUCUCACCAUAACGCCCUGCUCACCCCUCCCUCAGCUCCAGGCAGCCUGGAAGGAGAACAGCUGCCUUCCCUGCCCCCACCAAAAGCGCUUUCCAGGAAACAACUUCGUAAUGCAGCUACAAGGACUUUCCACGACCCUAACGCCAUCUACAGCGAGCUGAUCCUAUGGAGGGUGGACCACAUUGGACCCCUGUCCUGCACUGGAGGGGUCUCUGAACUGGCCCGCAUCAACUCUCUGCACACCUCUGCCUUUAGCAAUGUGGCUUGGCUUCCCACGCUAGUACCCAGCUCUGUACUUGGAACCUACUGUAACAGUGCCAGUGCCUGUUUUGUGGCAUCAGAUGGCAAAAACCUGCGUCUCUAUCAAGCUGUGGUUGAUGCCAGAAAACUUCUGGAUGAGCUGUCAGAUCCUGAGACAUCGAAAUUGGUGGGUGAGGUGUUCAACAUUGUCAGCCAGCAGUCUACUGCCAGACCUGGAUGUAUCAUAGAGUUGGAUGUCAUCACCAACCAGUGUGGCGCCAACACCCAGUUGCUACAUGUGUUCCAAGAGGACUUCAUUCUAGGUUAUAAGCCACAUGAAGAGCCGGACGCGUACAUGCCUGCUUUCCCCACCGCUGAAGAUUACCACCCUGCUCCAUUCUCUGAGAAAUUCUUCUUGGUGGUGAUAGAGAAAGAUCUCAACAGGAACUCUGUCCUGCAGAUGUGGCAUCUGCAUCUCAAGUCUGUCCAGGCCUGUAUGGAUGAACCGGUCCCAGAUUACAGUUUCCAGAGCCAGCUGAUGGUUCCUAGUCAGGUGAUGAAUGCAGACUCCUCACCGGAGAGCUCACCUAUCAGCCCUUUGCCGAGGUCAGCCUCUACAGCUAACCUGCAGUCAGCCAGCAAGCUCAUCCUCAGCUCCAAGCUGGUGUACAGCAAAAGGUUGGACCUACCUCAUGGGGUAGAGGUCACCAGGGCCACGCCCUCUGCAGGACAUCUGAGUUCCUCCUCCAUCUACCCGGUGUGUCUGGCUCCAUAUCUGAUCGUCACUACCUGCUCUGACUCUCGUGUGCGGUUUUGGCGCUGUGCUGUGGAGGGCGAGGAGACGGACAGCGAGGAUAACCGAGUCUAUCGCUGGGAGCCUUGGGCCCUGCUGAAUGAGGAGGAGGACAACAACAGCGCUGUGUGUGUGUCGGGACGUCCUGUAGCAGUGUCCUGCUCCUACACUGGCCGGCUGGCCGUGGCCUUUAAACAGCCACGACAAGGACAGCCACUGGGGUCUGGAGGAGAUUUCGCAAUGCAUGUGUCCAUCUACGAGUGUGAGUCUACUGGGGGAUCAGAGUGGGUGUUAGAGCAAACCCUCCACCUAGAUGACUUCACCAGACCUUCUACAACCCUGGAUCCACGAGUCAGCGUUGACUCCAAUCUCUUUGUCUACAGCAGAUCUGAUCUGUACAUGACCAGAGACCACAGCUCCCCCAACAUCAAGCACUAUGUCCACCUAGACUGGCUCUCCAAGGAGGAUGGAUCCCACAUCCUCACCGUUGGGGUUGGAUCCAAUAUCCUCAUGUAUGGCCGCAUCUCUGGCAUGGUUAAUGAGCAGACCAGCAGCAAGGAGGGGGUGGCGGUCAUCACCCUUCCUCUAGGGGGCAGCAUCAAACAGGGGAUCCGCUCUCGCUGGAUCCUGCUCCGUUCCAUAGACCUGGUGUCCUCUGUGGACGGUACACCCUCCCUACCAGUCUCCCUGUCCUGGGUAAGGGACGGCAUCCUGGUAGUGGGCAUGGACUGUGAGAUGCACGUGUAUGCCCAGUGGCGCCAGGACAAGAAGCCUGGAGAUGGAGACAAUGCCAGCUUGUCAUCUGCUGACAACAUCACAGGGAGUCAGACCGCAGCGUCCUCCACUGUCUUUGAAGGGAGACCCCGGUCAAAGAGUGUGUUUGAAGGGACAGCUGGUGUGGAUGAGGCGCUCCGUGCCCCGGCAGGAUUGCAGGAGGGGGGACUGUUUGAAGCAGCUCACUCCCUGUCCCCCACUCUGCCACAGUAUCAUCCCACCCAGUUGCUAGAACUCAUGGACCUUGGCAAGGUUCGACGUGCCAAGGCCAUCCUUUCCCAUCUGGUAAAGUGCAUUGCUGGAGAGGUUGCUGUCGUGAGGGAUGUGGAGGCAGGGGAGGGUGGCACUAGGAGGCAUCUGUCCAGGACCAUCAGUGUGACUGGCAGUACUGCCAAAGACACCAUCGUGGCUGGCCGUGACGGAGGCAGGGACUACACAGAGAUAAACUCCAUCCCUCCCCUGCCUCUCUAUGCUCUCCUGUCGGCUGACCUAGACACAUCCUACAAGGGAGUGGAGGAGGCUGCCAAGGGAACCAAGGUUGCUGAGGGUGAAGGGGCCCAGAAGAGCACAGAGGACCAGUAUGCUGACCUCUUCCAGGUGCAGGCAGUGACCACCGAUGAUUUUGUGAGCUUUGCCAGUGAAAAGCCAGAGAAGAAGUCUCGAGUCAUCAACCUAUCUCAGUAUGGUCCUACCUAUUUUGGUCCAGAGCACGCACAGGUAUUGUCCAGUCACCUGAUGCACUCCAGUCUCCCAGGGUUGACCAGGCUAGAACAGAUGUUCCUGGUGGCCCUGGCUGAUACUGUCGCAACCACCAGCGCUGAGGUCACAAGCUCCACUGACCAGCAGUACACAGGUGGUGAAGCUCUCGAUGAGUGUGGCCUGAGGUACCUGCUGGCCAUGCGUCUCCAUACCUGUCUGCUCACCUCUCUGCCGCCCCUUUACCGUAUGCAACUGCUCCACCAAGGCCUGUCAACGUGCCACUUUGCGUGGGCCUUCCAUUCGGAGGCUGAGGAGGAGAUGCUGAACAUGAUCCCAGCCAUGCAGAGAGGAGACCCCCAGUGGUCUGAGCUCAGGGCCGUAGGAGUGGGCUGGUGGAUACGCAACAUCAACACACUGCGCAAGAUGGUGGAGAAGUUAGGUAAAGCUGCGUUCCAGCGACACAACGACCCAUUAGAUGCAGCUCUGUUCUACCUGGCCAUGAAGAAGAAGGCUGUCCUGUGGGGCCUAUUCAGGUCCCAGCAUGAUGAGAAGAUGACUCAGUUUUUCAAGAAUAAUUUCAGUGAAGACCGUUGGCGCAAGGCAGCUCUGAAAAAUGCCUUCUCCCUAUUGGGCAAGCAGCGCUUUGAACAGUCCGCUGCCUUCUUUCUAUUGGCUGGUUCCCUGAAAGAUGCCAUAGAGGUGUUGAUGGAGAAGAUGGAAGAUCUCCAGUUAGCAAUGAUCGUAGCCAGGCUGUAUGAGGCUGACUUUGAGAGCUCGUCCACCUGCCAGGGCCUCCUCUAUGAGAAGGUUCUGGGCUGUAACAGGGAUGGAAGUGGCUACCAUUGCUCCAGACUCCACCCUGACCCCUUCCUCCGCAGCAUUGCCUUCUGGAUAAUGAAGGACUAUACCCAAGCCCUGGACACAUUGCUUGAGCGCAUUCCCAAAGAAGAUGACGAGAACCCUGAUGUGAUGGUGAAGUCAUGCAACCCUGUGGUGUUCAGUUUCUAUAACUACCUGAGGACACACCCCCUCAUCAUCCGUCGCCACUUCGCCUCCCCAGAAGGCACAGCAACCACUGUGGGCCUCACUGCUGAGAGGAGCAGUGCAGAUGAGAUCAACCUCAUAGAACGCAAGCUCUUCUUCACCACCGCCAAUGCACACUUCAAGGUGGGCUGUCCAGUCCUGGCCCUGGAGGUGCUUUCCAAGAUACCCAAGGUGACCAAGAAAUCUGGCUCUUCGCCCCUAAGUAAAGGUUCAUCCACGGCCAACGUGGAUUCAAACAAGCCCCUACAGAACGGCACCCAGGGAAGCAUGGACUGGGGUGCCCCAGCAGCGUCUACGGAGGCCUGGGGAGCCAACGACAGUGCAGCAGGGCUGGACUGGAGCCAGCCUUUGGUCAAGGUGGAGGAUGAGGGGCUGCAGCUAGACUGGGGAGAUGACAAGGAUGAUGAUGAUGAAGAAGAUGAUGGUGGAGGUCUGACCAUGAAGAAACCAGAGGCUGAGUCUAAAGCAGAUGAAGGCUCAGGGAGUGGCCACCCUGGGCUGCAGAGAGAGGACUCUCAGGGUGAAUCAGAGGUGGAUGUGAUAGCAGAGCAACUGAAAUUCCGUGCAUGUCUGAAAAUCCUGAUGACAGAGCUGCGGACGUUGGCCACUGGCUACGAGGUGGAUGGAGGGAAGCUCCGCUUCCAACUCUACAACUGGCUAGAGAAGGAAAUAGGAGCCAUGCACAAGAUCUGCAACUACAAGAUAAUAUUAACACAGGUGGAGGGGAAGGAGGAGCGGUCAGAGAUGGAGCGCUGGGAACGUGCCGGAUCUCUGGACAUACCAGACGAGGAGCAUACAGAGGCUGGAACCUACGAGCGUCACCAAAUGGAGCGGCGGCGUCUGCAGGCCAAGCAGCAGCACUCUGAAAGGCGCAAAGCAUGGCUGAGGAAGAACCAGGCCCUCCUGAGAGUCUUCCUCUCCUACUGUAGCCUGCAUGGAGCCAAGGGUGGAGGAGUCACCUCUGUACGCAUGGAGCUCAUCUUCCUUCUACAGGAGAGCCAGCAGGAGAUUACAGUGAAGCAGCUGCAGUCUCCCCUGCCUCUGCCUACCACACUGCCCUUGCUGUCAGCCAGCAUCGCCCCCACUAAGACAGUCAUAGCCAACCCCGUUCUCCACCUCAGCAACCACAUCCAUGAUAUCCUCCACACCAUCACCCACAUGGAGGCUCCGCCACAUCCUGACGUCACUGAUGACCGGGUUAAUGCUCUGCACACACUGGCAGCAUCUCUGUCCGCCUGCAUAUAUCAAGCCUUGUGUGACAGCCACAGUUACAGCAGUCAGGCGGAGGCCAACCAGUUUACGGGGAUGGUUUACCAGGGCCUCCUGCUCAGUGAGAGGAGACGACUCCGCACAGAGAGCAUCGAAGAGCAUGUGACUCCCAGCUCUGCUCCUGCACAGUGGCCAGGUGUGUCCUCCCUGAUCUCCCUGGUGGCAUCAGCCAGAGAGGAGGACCAGCCAAGGCUCAACGUGCUGCUGUGUGAGGCAGUAGUGGCCGUCUAUCUGGCGCUGCUCAUCCAUGGCUUGGGAACUCACAGCGGCAAUGAACUCUUUCGCCUGGCAGCACACCCUCUUAACAACCGCAUGUGGGCCGCUGUUUUUGGAGGAGGGGCCAAAGUCAUCAUGAAGCCAAAGAGGCCCGAGGCCCCACCAGCAGCAGCUAAGACUCACAUGGAGUGUACAGAGGCCAAACCUGAGCAGCCCUCUGAGACUAAAGCUGAGCCUGAUUCACAGACUAAUCCAGUGGUGCCAGAGAUAGUCACCCAGGAUAAUGGUGCAGCAGUGCCCCCUCAACCCCCAGCAGAGGAUGUGGACCGACACAGGCGCAGGUUCAACAUGAGAAUGCUAGUUCCUGGACGCCCCGUCAAGGAGACCCCAGCCACUCCACCCCCGGUUCCUACAGAGAGACCCACCUACAGAGAGAAGUUCAUCCCUCCAGAGCUCAGCAUGUGGGACUACUUCGUGGCCAAACCCUUCCUCCCCCUGUCAGACAGCGGUGCUUUGUAUGACUCAGAUGAGAGUGGUGCAGAAGAUGACGAGGACAAUGACGACGCCUUCCUAUCAGACACGCAGAUAACGGAGCACUCCGACCCAAACUCCUACAGCUGGGCUCUGAUCCGGCUGGUCAUGGUCAAACUGGCUCUACACAACGUCAAGAACUUCCUCCCACUCACUGGCCUCGACUUCACAGACCUUCCAGUGACCUCCCCUCUCUGCAACGCCGUGCUGAAGACUUUAGAGAACUGGGAGCAGCUUCUCCUCGAGCGGAUGAACAAGUUUGAUGGCCCGCCUCCCAACUACAUCAACACCUACCCCACUGACCUCAGUGCAGGAGGGGGUCCUGCCAUCCUGCGACACAAGGCCAUGUUGGAGCCUGACAACACCCCUUUCAAGACAAAGAACCACCUGUCCUUCCCAGCCCGCCGUCUUUGGCAUUUCCUCGUCAAACAGGAAGUUCUUCAAGAGAUUUUGAUCCGUUACAUCUUCACCAAGAAAAGGAAGCAGAGUGAGUCUGUAGACCACCAAAUGGACGGUGUAAGCCCAAACUGCAUAGCAGGAGCUAACAGUCCCAAUAAGGUGGAGGCCGAUCUUGGCUACCCCGGGGGCAAGGCUAAAAUCAUUCACAAGGAGUCUGAUAUAAUCAUGGCCUUUGCCAUCAAUAAGGCUAACUCUAAUGAAAUAGUGUUGGCAUCUACUCAUGAUGUCCAAGAGGUGGAUGUGUCCACUCUGGUCGCUGCCCAGCCCUAUACCUGGAUAGGGGAGGACUUCGACAAGGAGUCUCGCAGCUCUGAUGAUGCAGACCACCGUUCAUCUCACACCAACAUUGCCCAGGCGAGCACUGCACCCUUUGCACCACCACAGAUGCCCGUCUCUGCAUCCAUGCCAUGGCUGGGCAGUGGACAGACCAGCAUGGGAGCCAGCGUGAUCAUGAAGAGGAAUCUAAAUAAUGUGAAGAGAAUGACAUCCCACCCCAUAUAUCAGUAUUACAUGACAGGGGCCCAGGAUGGUAGUGUGAGGAUGUUUGAGUGGAACAGACCUCAGCAGCUCAUCUGCUUCAGACAAGCAGGGAAUGCACGUGUCACCCGCCUUUACUUUAAUUCACAGGGCAAUAAGUGCGGAGUUGCUGAUGGAGAAGGUUUCCUCAGUCUCUGGCAGGUCAACCAGACGUCCUCCAACCCCAAACCCUACCUGAGCUGGCAGUGCCACAGUAAGACCUGUGGCGACUUUGCAUUCAUCACAUCCUCAAGUCUCAUCGCUACAGCUGGACAGUCCAACGACAGCAGAAAUGUAUGUCUGUGGGAUACUCUGAUUUCACCUAGCAAUACCAUGGUCCACGCGUUCCCCUGCCAUGAAAACGGGGCCACUGUGUUGCAGUAUGCUCCUAAACAGCAGUUGCUAAUCACUGGAGGCAGGAAGGGCUUCAUUUGCGUGUUUGACAUCCGCCAGAGGCAGCUGCUUCACACUUUCCAGGCCCACGACUCAGCCAUCAAGGCCCUAGCGCUGGAUGCCUCCGAGGACUUCUUUGUCACUGGCUCUGCAGAGGGCAACAUGAAGGUGUGGAAGCUUGCAGGUCAUGGGCUCAUGCACUCUUUCAGCACCGAGCACGCCAAGCAGUCGAUCUUCCGCAAUAUCGGUGCCGGUGUCAUGCAGGUGGAGACCCGGCCCGGGAACCGCAUCUUCACCUGUGGAGCAGACGGCACCCUGAAGAUGAGAGUCCUCCCUGAUCGCUACAACAUCCCCAACAGCAUCUUCGACGUCCUGUAACAGCUGCUUCCAUGCUGAGGGUCCAAAGAGAAAAGAGAAAACACUAUGGCAUAUGUACCACUCGCUAGACAUGACUGGUUUUAAUUGACGGGGAAAAAGAUAGUGAGAUGACCAUGCUUCUGGCAGCUUUCAGAGUGUGCACUGUUCCUUGGGUUUACUGUUAAUGAAAGUCAUAUCCAGAGUGAUAAAAUGGAGCUGCAAAUAUUUUUUUUUCCCCAAAGGCUGAAAGCAAAGAGUUACAAGCAAAAGGUAUCAUACUUGAUUUUAAAGCUAGAUUUAUUGUAAUUUUAUUGAAGAAUCUCUACUCGUAGAGUGUGUCCAUAGGGAAGCUAUGCAUGUCCUGUUCUCGUUACGCGGUGCAAUCACAGGUCUAUUGAUAGUGCUCUGUAAAAGUGCUCAAGCAAAAAUUUUAAAAGUGUGUAACUGUCGUCAUUUUGUGCCCACAGCUGAAAUCUCUUAGCAUCUACUUUAACCAGCACUGUGGUUUGUUAUUAAGUCAGUGGUUUCCAGUGUGAAUCGAGUUGUUGGAAUCUGCAUUUUGUUUCACUGGUUUUGCCUCCUGCCCCUCUCCCCCUGGCUUUUCUCUGCCCUUACGGAAGAGUUCAUGGUGCAUUGCUCCUAUAGUGACCUCCCCUACUCAACCCCACCCCCCAGCCCCCUUUCCUCCCUGUUUCACUGGCUGCCCUGGCACACACUCGGGCCUCACCUGGCUUGGGCUCGGCCCAGCCCGGUCCUAUCAUCCAGUGUGUGUCCACUCUGCUGUGUUCGCCAUCUGUACGCCUGCCCGCCUGCCCUCAAAUGCCUGUUUGUGCGGCAGGCUCACUGCUAGAACAUUUCCUGUUUGGAAGAUGAUGUGUUUAACUCCUGUGACUGUGGUUUCAGUGUCUCCAUCUGUCUGGUCCAAAACCUAAACACCCACCCACCCCGAGCAGAAACACAAAGGUUCACUUCUGGUUUUGCACAAGAUAUUGUUUUUUUUUUUUUUUUUAUUAUUUAAAUUAUUAAAUUAUUUAUAUGUUUGUGUUUGUUUGUUUGUUUGUUUGUUUGUUUGUUUGUUUGGUCAACAAUUCCUUUAUAAAACUAUUGGUAUUUGUUUAACUUAUUGCCUUUUAUGUUAGGAAUGUAAGGGGUUUUACUGUAUCUGACUGGGAGAUAGUGCAACAUGGUGUACUGUAUGUUUGUGUUACCUCGCUAGUUGUUUUUACUGUUUCAUCCAUAUGGAAUAGAUAUUUGCACUCAAAAUCUGGAGACACUAUAAAAGUUUAUUUCAAAUAAAUAGGUUAUCAAAGAAAAACUGUUAUAUACAAAUGAAUGUCUGGCUUUAUUUGGCCUAGUAGUAAAAAGUUUGAAAUAGUUUUAAUAUAUAAAUUAUAUAAAUACAUAUAUAUAUAUAUAUGAAAUACCACAACAGCUUGUACAAACAUGAAAGCGUUUUCUUUAUUUUUGGUUUGUAUCAUACCAGCUGGAUUAGUUGUAACUUUUGUUAAGUGUAUGUAUGGUAUUUAUUAAAGAGAUUUGUGUUUCUCUCCCUC